UGGCUCUUCCUUCAACAUACAUUCUCACAGUUUUUUUGCAGUGUUUUACGAAACCUUUUGUCCAGAGAACAGUGAAGCCUUACACGUUGGUCGAAGAUGUCUGUGGCCGGGUUGAAGAAACAGUUCCAUAAAGCCAGUCAGCUACUCAGUGAAAAGAUCAGUGGGGCAGAGGGGACGAAGCUGGAUGAAGACUUCAUGGAGAUGGAGAGGAAAAUUGAGGUGACCAACAAGUCUGUGUUUGACCUUUUAUCCAAAACAACGGAAUACCUCCAGCCUAACCCAGCCUCUCGAGCCAAACUGAACAUGUUGAACACAGUGUCGAAGAUCCGAGGACAGGUGAAGACCACUGGCUACCCUCAGACUGAAGGCCUGCUGGGAGACUGCAUGCUGCGCUACGGCCAUGAACUGGGAGAGGACUCUGUCUUUGGCUGUGCUCUGGUGGAUAUGGGCGAGGCCAUGAGGCAGAUGGCAGAUGUGAAGGACUCCCUGGACAUAAGUGUCAAACAAAACUUUGUUGACCCCCUGCAGAAUCUGCAGGAUAAGGACCUCAAAGAGAUCAUGCACCACCUAAAGAAGCUGGAGGGCCGGCGGUUAGACUUUGACUAUAAGAAGAAGCGUCAGGGGAAAAUCCCAGACGAGGAGAUCCGGCAGGCUGUGGAGAAGUUUGACGAGAGCAAAGAGUUGGCUGAGAGGAGCAUGUUCAACUUCCUGGAGAAUGAUGUGGAGCAGGUGAGCCAGCUGUCAGCACUGAUCGAGGCGGCUGUAGAGUACCACAGGCAGUCGUGUGAAAUCCUGGAGGAGCUCAGUGGAAAGCUGCAGAAGAGGAUAUCCACAGCUAGCAGUCGGCCCAAGAGAGAGUUCAGACCAAAAUCCAUCAGGAGCAGCAUGGAGGCCCUGGACAACAGUCAGCACAACGGCCUGUCCUACAGCUCGUCGCUCAGAUCCACAGAUAUCCAGAUCAACCACACAGUCAAUGGGAAAACUGAUCAUAUAACCUCUGUUCCACUGUCAUGGCCUGAGAGCCCCACUACCAAUGGCAAUAUUCAGCAAUCGGAAGUGUUGGACCAGCCAUGCUGCCGCUCCCUCUAUGACUUUGAGCCAGAGAACGAGGGCGAGCUGGGCUUUAAGGAGGGUGACAUCAUCAUCCUCACCAACCAGAUAGACGAGAACUGGUACGAGGGCAUGAUCAAUGGGGAGUCCGGAUUUUUCCCCAUCAACUACGUGGAGGUCAUCGUCCCCCUGCCUCAGUGAAGAUGGGCACCUUGAGGCAUCUCCAGAAUUCCUCCUGCCUCAGCCUCCUCCGUCUGACUCGGGCCUGACAAUGUAAGGGCCAACUCUGCCUGAAGAUGAAAAAAAUGUCUGUCUACUGAUUUUCAAACCAAGCCAGAGAGGUCGUAGUUUUGUCCCAAGUUGACUUUCGAUCAGAUCUCGCUGAUUACAUUAUUUUCUCUGUUGAUAUUUAUGAACCUGAAGCCAACUGAAAUCCAAGCCAUUAAGUGGGACACUUAACCUGGUUGGACCCUUUUAGUCUUUUGGAUCUAACUGAGGUGAAAGUUUCUAGCAGUCGUCACACUCUGUAACCCAUCCCGUCAAUCCAUCACAUGACACUGCUCCCUCUUCAUGAUUCCUUAACUUUGCGUGAAGUUCACAGCCAGACAUCAUGGCUGAACGUCUAGUCACUACAAACAAAUGCCUUUAUUUGCAUUAUAGUAACAUUAGGAAUAGUAUAUACUAGGGGUGUGACGAUACUCUCAGGUCACGAGACGAGACGAGACACGAUAUUGGGUUCACGAGAACGAGACGAGACGAGAUUUUAAGAAAACUACAAUGACACAAUAUAUCACUGGACCAACAGACUUUUAUUUAACCGAGUUGCACAUGCAUUUUGAAAUGUUUUAUUGUAACUCUUUACAUGCAUGAUGUAAGCAUGAGCUUUUAAAAAACUUCUUCUUCCACAAAUUGAAACAAAAAUUUAUAUAAGUUAAAAUAAGAUGCAUAAAAAAAUAAAAUCCCCCAGAGGGAUUUACGGGACUCCGGAGGUCACGUCUGGUUUUCUAUCGUCGUUAACUGCACAACAUCAGCAGCUGAUCAAAACAAAGCAGCAUGGCUAAUUAUCAUAAGGAUUGUGAUCUUUAAUGAACCGGCAUCGCUAACUGUGCACAGAGUGUCCGGUGCUUGUUGUAAACAAACAGAGAUCGCUAAGUGAACACCUCCUGCAGCAGCAGCACAUACACACUGUACUGCUACAGAGCUAACUGUUAGCCUGUUAGCAAUUUGCAGACUCAGGCUCUGCAGCUGGGAGAGACUGCUGCAGGAGGACUGUGCUGCUUAGAUUCGUUCUUACUCUUCUUAAUGAGCUGCCGGCCCCUGCGACCUCCCAGGGCACCCACAGGUCACAAAUAGAAGUUUGGAUAACUCACAAAUGUCGCGAGACAGAUUUUUAACGUGACGAGAAAUAUCGUUGAGUUAAAUUUCGCAAGAUCUCGUGGCACGAGAUCUCAUCACACCCCUAGUAUAUACAUUUCAGGUUUUUUUAUUACACGGCCAUAUAGUUACAACAAAAACUGAUACAGGUUUUGUGUUUGCUUGACAAAUCCCAUCACAGUGUUGGCUUUAACUGCCAUGGAUGCCUCGCAUCAUGCUGACAAACUAGCUAACAUUAUCAAUGUACAAAUAUAGUCAGAAGUAUUGGUGUUUUAAGAGUUGGUUCACCCAGAUGAUUCCUGGUAGCUUACCAUGGAGAUAGUUUUGGUUUUAUUUGUCCAAGUUUUGAGAGCUUUUGUCUCUAUACUUUAUGGUCCAUCCCCAAUGCAAUGGUGGUGAAUGGGAUUUCAUCUGUUGUGGGUGAACUGAUCCCUAAAACGAAGAGGUAAAGACUGGAUUUUAAUAAGAACUCCCACAUUUUCUCAGUCACUGCUGCCCUAGAAGAUCUCCAAUAUGGCCACCACGGUGUUGUUUUCCACUGAUAUUGUGUUUUGUAUUUUAAAAGCAUUUUAUGUUCUUAAGAUUCCUUGUGAGGCAAACACUGGCAGUCAGACAAUUAGACAGGUUGUAAAGCUGCACUAACACAUAUGGGUCAUUCAGCAGUGGGUCAGAUGGACUACUUGUAUGUGAAAGGUGUUGCCUGUUGUGAUGAACCCUUAGAGAAUUUUGACCAGUUACCUGCAGUUGCCCUCAGCUCUGUAGAUAGAUAGUUGAUGUCAGCUGAUUGUUUUGGUUUAACAGCCUGCAAAUGUGCUGUUCUGGUUCAGCGUCAUUACCCCUGUCAACUUGUUUCCAGCAGCAGCAAGCAGCUGACUGAUACAGUUAGAGACUAGCACACAAUGGAGCAUUUAGAAAAGACAGGAGUUUGCAGGAGUUGGUGGAGACCAAAAACACAGCUAAAAGGAGACUGAAUACGUAUCAAGCAGUUCUGGUUAAAGUCAAGUGUUUAUUUAACCAGAGAGAGAGUGCUCUUACACAAUUAAAUCUAACAAAAAUAGGCUAUACGGGGCUGACAAAUAACCAAAGCACUAUACAAAGUUGAAUAAAUUAAUUACCGAGCUCUUGGCUCAAAAGAAAAGCUCUAAGGAACAAAAAGAGGUCAGCACCCAUAAGCUUACAAAAACAACAGACAAAACAAACUAAUAUUUAAACAAAGGAUGUCCAACUCUAGGUUCUCAGAAUCUAACACAUUUACAAACUAACAUAACAUUACUUACAAAGGUUCCCAAAAGCACAGCCUGAACCACUCAGACAGGCAAGAAAUACUACUACAACACUCAAAUACAAUAGGGACCUCGCAGGUCGUUGCCUGCUCGGGCCCUAAUAAUACAAUACAAUGCUUUCUAAUAACAUAAAUGGUGUGCAGCUAACAGCCAAGGCGUACUGUUCACUGUUUCAAAGCCAUCAUGAACUGUGGAAACACAAGCUUUUUAUAAAGUGCAGCUGGGUUGAUUGACCUCCUGAUUGGUUGACUCGGGGGGAAUCUCAGCCGCACCAAUCACAGACGCGAGUGAGCAGCUAUCAGGAAGUAGACUGUCUCAGCUCCAGAAGGACCAAUCGACGUCAGGGAAUCCCACUGCUGGAUUUGAAUAAUCAGCAGAAUCAUAUAUAGAAACAGUAAAAUACAUGAUAAAUGGCAACCAGCCGUCACAUGGACAGAAACAUGACUCCAAAUCAAUGAUGGUAUCAAUUUCUGGAUGCUAAAAUAGCAAAAAGAUUGUUGUUAUGAUAUGUCCCAGACACAUGUUUGAUAAACUUUGACCUAGUGUUGGGUAAUUUACAAAGCGAACAUACUCUUUUAACCCAUGCCUUGAGCUUUUACUAGCCAAUCAUUUUUGUUGCCUACAUUUUAAAACUCUUUUACAAUACCUAACCAAACUACACAACAUGACCACAUGUUUCGUUUCAAAUCGAAAUGUCAAUUUUUUCGGAGACAGGGUUACAUCGUCUGACUACGCAUGCUCCUUGCCCCAUUGAAUAACUGAUAAUAAUCGUCCAAAAUUACAUUAUUAAAAACCGGAGGUAUCCUUUAAAAUGUGAUGGAAAAAUUUUUCUCAGUAUAGUCUUUAGCGGGAUGACACUCUUCCUUUCCACACAAAGGUUCCAUUCCUAUUAAUUUGUGACAUGCUUUUAUGACGUGAUGAACAUUUGGAGCCACAGCUCUUGGACAGUGAUCACACCAACCCUCAGAGUUAAAGUCCCCAGUGUUUGAACGCGCCAUGUUCCACUUGGAUCAUAAUAACCAGGACGUGAUGUAAAUGACUACUCUGUUAGACUCUGCCUAUGUCGGUCGGCCUGUCCCGUGUUGUAUCUCUGUACAUUUCUCUUCUUGUCUUUUCUCCUCCACAAACCACUUUGCCUGUUUGACUGCUGUGUUGCUCUGAACACAUGUUUUUUUUACAACUGAGGAACUGAAGUGAACUCCAUCUCUCUGAAUGUCCUUCUCUCUGUUUACAUGGUCUGACUUAUUGUGACAUAAUGUAAGGACUGUACCGCCCACUCUGUUUCAGAUAGGGGUGAAUGCCUUGUCACACUGAAACCAUAUGAAAGUGCUUUUUGAAAUGUUGUCUGUAUUGCACUGAAGCUUUAGAAUCUACCUACUGUACCAUAUACCUUUAUGGACCUGCACCUUUUUGUUUGUUAAUAUUGUGUUUUUUUUCCUAUUCUUCAGCAUUGCACUUUGUGUUUUUCACCACAGGGUUAGAAUCACUGCCAUAUCAGAUAUAUACAUAUAUGUCAAGUCAAAGUGGUAGAUACUUACAGCAGAUUUAUAUAGCCACAUAUGUUCUUUGGAGUGUACUAUAAUCAGUCCACUAUCUCAAUCAUUAUAAUGUAAAUUGGGAAAAAUGGUUUUAUCAUGUCUUAAAUCUGUGGAAGCAGAUUAUGCUGUUGCCUUGUGAAACUCAUUCCAGCUCACUUAUUAGCGAGUGCUAAACUGUAGGAUAGGCAAAGGACUGCAGUUACUGUGUGG